UUUUCUGUUUACGUCCUGAUUGAUAUCAUUCCAACAUGGCCGCGUCCUGCUUGUGAGGUUAGCCAAACGAGCCUUCACAUUCUUCCGCACAUCGCGUCUUAUUUCUCGUCACUAUGUGGCCACAACUUGGCGCAGUUUGCUACAUUAACAUGUUAGUUUGCAGAAGAAGUUUGUUGCCUGUCGGUCUUUUCAAACGUCGCCGAGGAGCGGCUCAGGCUAAUCACGCUCGUCACCUGAGCCGUUGCAAAGCUCUGGUAUACGCAAACCACGGAGACCCUUCUCACGUCAUUCGGUUGGAGAAUGUGGAUCUUCCCCCAGUUGGUCCAAAGGAUGUCCUGGUUCAAAUCAUGGCCGCUCCCAUCAACCCAGCAGACAUCAACAUGAUCCAAGGCACAUACGCCAUCCUGCCCGACCUCCCAGCUGUUGGGGGCAAUGAGGGGGUGGCCCAGGUGGUAGAGGUGGGCGGGAAGGUUACGUCUCUCCAAGCAGGAGAUUGGGUCAUCCCGAGAGAUGCUGGUGUAGGGACGUGGAGGACGGCAGCCGUGCUGGAUGAAGAUGACUUGAUCGCAGUGCCCAGUGACGUCCCCCUGUUGGCCGCCGCCACACUAGGGGUGAACCCCUGCACUGCCUUCAGGAUGCUGGCCGACUUUGAGAACCUCGAGCCAGGUGAUUCGGUGAUCCAGAAUGCAGCCAACAGUGGCGUGGGGCAAGCAGUUAUUCAGAUUGCAGCAGCGAGGGGGAUAAACACCAUCAACGUGAUCCGAGACAGGUUAGAGUUCACGCAGCUCAGUGACAGGCUGAAGGCCCUCGGAGCAAGUCACGUGAUCAAGGAGGACGCACUGAGGAAGCCCGAGAUGAAGGAACUCUUUAAGAUGUGUCCAAAGCCUAAAUUGGCUUUGAAUGCUGUCGGAGGAAAGAGCGCCACCGAGCUGCUCCGUCAUCUCCAGGUUGGAGGGUCCAUGGUGACCUACGGGGGGAUGUCCAAACAGCCCGUGACUGUCCCUGUGAGUGCUCUUAUAUUUAAGGAUGUGAAAGUGUGCGGCUUCUGGGUCACACAGUGGAAGAGACAACACUCACAUGGAGCGUUCAGGGCCAUGCUGGAUGAAUUGUGCGCCCUCCUUCGCCAGGAAAAGCUCAGCGCUCCCGCCUGCGCGCAGGUGGCUCUGGACGACUACCGCCAAGCUCUGGAUGCCGCCGUACAGCCUUUCACCUCUGCCAAGCAGAUCCUGAUCACGUGAAGACUCCUUCCACGCAUCGUUUAAUGUCGACGAUCAGGUUUAAAGUUCACUACGUAGAAUCAUGACCCUCUAGAUUUCAGUGCGGCUUUACUGGCUGACUUUAAUCAGCUGUUAAGACUUUACAAGUGAUAAGAGGCAUCAUCCAGGACUGAAUCGUUCCGAUUUUUAUGGUAGGUCCAAAUGCAAUAUUUCAUUUCUUGUAAGAGGAAUCCACACAAAUACACAAAAUGUUCACAAUGUGAUUAAAUCGUCAAACCUACUUGUCAUGUUAUUUAGCUAACAUGGAAAUGCAAACAUUAAGUCAUUGAAAGUCUCCAAUGUGUAAUUUCAAAACUUUUUCCAUUAUCAAUGCAGCCUACAGUCCUGUAUAAAAGUACCCUGAGGAAAAACAUAAAUGCUACACUUUUUUUGCUCCCAUAUUUCCAGGAUCUAAAACUUUUACUACAUACGCAGAAGGCCAUUUCCCUCAAAUAUUGUUCAAAAAUCCAUUUCUCUUUUGUCGAGAUAAUCCAUCCCACCUCACAGGUGUGCCAUAUGAAGAUGCUGAUUAGAUAUGAUGAUGAUGAUUGUGAUUCAGGUGUGCCGUAGGUAGGCCACAAUAAAAG